AUGCCUCCACUUGAGGGAUCAGAGGAAGGGGAAGAAAAGGGGACUGAGGCGACAGUGGCUUCUCCAGAAAGAGAAGAGUCUCCGGUGGCUACACGAACUAGGUCCAGGACUGACCCGCCGUCGCCCUCUGCCUUCACGGCUCCUUUGAGACAAGUGGAUCAGUUAUUAGUGGAUAGGGACGAUCCCAAUAAGGUGGCAACUACUCCUCUCUUCCAACAUGUUCCAUUUUCCACGUCGGAUUUGUUGAAUUGGAAAUUCCACUAUGGUCCUUAUAGUGACAAACCCAAUGAAGUGGCGGAUCUUGUCAAAACAAUCAUUGACACUCACAAUCCAUCCUGGAUGGAUUUGCAACAACUUAUGGGGACUUUGUUUAAUCCUGAGGAAAGAGAAAAGAUCCGAGUUGCUGCCACCCAGAUUUUAAAGCCGGAUGUGCCAGUUCCGUAUAAUCUCAUGGACUGGGUUGAGCGAAGGUUCCCGUCUGCCGACCCUAAGUGGGACCCGUAUGACAACCGUCACAUGGCUGAAUUACAAGAAUAUCAGAGACUAUUUGUUCAGGCAGUAAGAGCGGGAGGGAAACCGGCUACAAAUAUGUCAAAACCUUCCUUGGUUAUACAGGAGCCCAAUGAGAGUCCUGAAGCCUUUUACUCUCGUUUGAUUGAUUCUUACCGUAUGUAUACCCCCAUUGAUCCAAUUCUGCCAGAAAAUGCCAGAAUGUUAGCAAUGGCCUUUAUUUCACAAAGCGCCCCAGAUAUUAGGAAAAAACUCCAGAAACUCGAAGGGGCAUUGGGCAAGCCACUGAGUGAAUUGAUGGAGGUCGCUAGAAAGGUUUUUGUUAAUCGGGAAGUUCGUGAAGAACAAAAGAAGGACCAGAGGAUGCAAAAGAAGGCUGAAUUGUUGGCGGCUGCCAUGAUGAGUGGACCCAGAGAUGGCAGAGGUCUCCGGGGCCGAGGGACGGGAAGGACUUUGGGGCCUAAUCAAUGUGGCAUAUGUAAACAGGAAGGCCAUUGGAAAGGUGAAUGUCCCAAUAAGGAAGAUUUUGCCCGUCCUAGUAGCCGCCCCUGGAGUCCGCCUACUGGAUUGCGAGGUGUUCGAAGAGGUCCUCAAAGGGGUCGAGGUCGCCGUGGCCUAUUCCCGAGAUCUCCCCUCCUCGGUUUGGCCGAGGCGGAGGAGUGGCAAUGA